AUGUCUAUCUACAAGUUAUCUAAUUUAUUACUAUCACAUAUUAUAACUGAGAUUGAAGACAAUGUAGAUAUAAUAUGUUUGUUGUUGACUUGUAAAAAGUUGUACAAUAAUAGUAGUUUAAAGAGAUCUAUUCAGUUUAAAGGAAUAGAAGUUAUAGAUAAAUACAGAGCAGAGAGAUCAUUCAAGUUUAUCAAAACAGUCAACCGAUUCAAACUCAACUCUUUUAAAGAUAUAUUAGUGAAUAGUGCAACAAAUCAACAUAUAAUUGUACCUGACCAAUUCGUUCACAAUGACUAUCCCAAAUGGAUACAAGAUCACAUCUACGAAGAGAACAUGGUCGAUAAAAGUAACAUUAAAACAGCAUUUGUUUGUCCUCACACAUCACUAAAGUCUCUGACGCUAAAAACCCUAAGCAUAUCCGAUCUUGGAUCAAUGCAACUCAAUCAAUUAGUAUCGUUGACAGAGUUGACCUUUCAUCACAAGGUUACCAAUCUGGGAUCUGGUCUCUUUCCGAAUAGUCUUACAUCACUCACUAUUACACUAAUAGAGAUACCUCCAAGAGACACAUUCAAUUCAUUAAAGUGUCUAGUAAAACUCGAGAUCAACAUGGAAAAUGAGGAUGUUGGUGAACAACAACAACAACAACAAUUUAUCGAUCUCUACAAUCUACCAAACCUCAAGACAUUCAAGUUUAUCGAAUACCAAAUACAAAGAAUAGACUUUAUCGAGAUUCGUCUACCUCCUUCACUCAAGAUCCUUCAUCUCUUGGCUGAUUACUUACAAAUACCAUCACAAUGUUCCACGCCAAUGUUGGAGAGAUUGUAUGUGAAUCAGUGUCUAUUGAUCAAUGGUAAAUUCAAUCUAAUGUCGUCCCCAUCGAUCAAGAAACUUUCUAUUUCUAAAUGCAACCAAAUCAUUCCAGCUGCUAUCAUCAUCCCGUCGUCUGUUGAAAAGCUGACAAUCAAAAAGGUUGGUGAUCAACAAAUAUUUGGACAAGUUGUAUUGCCACCAGCACUUACUCAUCUAUCAAUCAAUGGAAUCAACUGCGAGUCUGUCCAACCGUUACCAGAGUCACUCGUCAAACUAAAACAGACUAUCAAUGAAUCUCCAGUGUCACUUCCACAACAUUUAGAAAAACUGGUUAUUAAAAUCAAAGCUACCAACAAAUUAGACUCUGACAAUAAGAAUGUAUUGGUAUUGGAAAGACAAAUGCUUUUAGGUGGAAUAAUCACUCAAAGAAAAUCUAUCACCAAUCAAGAAAAAUAUGAUCCGAUUUAUUUAUAUUUGGAUGGACGAUCUUCUAAAUUUCAUUGGAGUUUUAAUGUUUAA